AUCGAUGAGCAUUUAACAUGCGUGAGCUCGAAGCAUGUUGCAUAACAGAAUCAAAUAAGACAUAGUUUGUUACUUGAAAGAGAAUACUAUAGGAUGCAAGGGUUAGGAUUACAGAGUUUAAAAAAAAAUCCUGCGUUAAUCCCAUUAUAUGUGUGCGUCGGGGCUGGUGCACUUGGAGCAGUAUAUUACACUAUGCGGUUAGCUACAAGAAAUCCUGAUGUAACUUGGAAUCGUUCAUCCAAUCCCGAGCCAUGGCAAGAGUAUAAAGAAAAGCAAUACAAGUUCUAUUCGCCAAUAAGGGAUUAUAGUAAUAUUAAAUCUCCUGCCCCCAAAUUUGAGGACUAACUGGUUUAUGUAAUUGCAGAGCAAAUAUGUACGACUUCUAUCUAAUAAUGAUGUUUAAGUGAAAAAUUAACAAUAAAACUAGCAGUUGAAAUAAAUGUAACUGAUUAUUUACGUAAUGACGUUAUGAAAGCAAAGCCUUGCUGUCAGGUCGGAAAUAAUCUUACUUACACAAUACACCCUUUAACCCUCUGGGACUGACGUGAUAUAGUUCUAACAAUUCUAAUGACGUGGUAGACUGCCAGACAACAUUUCUAUGUCUUAUAUUUUCCAAGUUCCGUUUUGUAAAACUAAUAAAACCAUUUUUGUUUAUUGCUUA